UUUAGUUGACGAUUGGAAGUCAUAAAAACUUCAUCGUUAAAUUAGAAACAAGUGGUGUUUAAAGAGCAGUAUUUUGAUAUACUAAAAAUUUAGUGUCUUGUUGUGACAGAAAAAUGACUACUGAUAGUCAUGUGAAUGAUGCUGCAACAAUUGUGGAAGAAACAAGGGUUGUCACAAUGAGUCGUACGAGUGCUCCGCAAGGAAUGGCACCAGUAGAGAAACCCAAAAAAUUCACUGGUGUUGAUUUCAAAAGGUGGCAGCAGAAGAUGUUCUUCUAUCUUACAACUUUAUAUCUUCAAAGAUUCACAUUUGAAGAAGCUCCAGAGGCGCCCGAGGAAACUUCUAACCAGGAACGAUUUCUCGUUAAAGAGGCUUGGAAACACUUUGAUUUCCUAUGCAGGAAUUACAUUCUAAGUGGCCUCCAAGAUGAUCUAUACAACGUGUAUAGUGGAACGAAGAUGGAAAAAGAGUUGUGGGGUGCGCUAGAAAGAAAAUACAAGACUAAGGAUGCUAGAACCAAAAAGUUCUUCGUAACAAAAUUCCUAGAGUAUAAAAUGAUUGACAGCAAGUCUGUUGUAUCCCAAGUGCAAGAACUGCAAGUUAUCAUCCAUGAUCUCCUUGCGGAAGGUUUUUUCGUGAAUGAGAUGUUUCAAGUCACGGAAAUAAUAGAGAAGUUACCACCUAUGUGGAAGGACUUCAAGAACUACUUGAAACAUAAGCGAAAGGAGAUGACAGUCAAAGAUCUUAUAGUGAGAUUGUGCAUUGAAAAAGACAACAAAGCCACGGAAAGAAGGUUGAGAGAAAAUUCUGCAAUGAAUGGAGCAAACAUUGUAGAAGACAACCACAACAAUUCCAAAACGAGGAAGAAAGCUAGACAGGAAAGCAAUCAACCUAAGAAUAAAUUCAAGGAAAAAUGUUUUAACUGUGUCAAGAUUGCCCACAAGUCAAUGGAUUGUCGUGCUCAAAGAAAGGCAAAAAGAAGGACCAAGAAAAUAUGGUUGAAUCCAAAAAAGAAAUGGACAAUCUGUCUGCCAUACUGUCUGAAUGCAACUUGGUGGAAAAUCCUCGAGAAUGGUGGAUAAAUUUUGGUACCACCUGCCAUGUUUGUACAAAUAAGGAGUUGUUUUCUACGUUCGCUUCGGCUCAAGGCGAAGAAAAGAUUUUCAUGGAAAACUCUGCUACUGCAAAAGUAAAAGAAACUAGAAAAGUCUGCCUAAAAAUGACAUCAGGCAAAGUGUUGACUUUGAACAAUGUCCUGUAUGUACCGGAGUUACGAAAGAACUUGA